GACGGCACAGAUGCUGCCUUGAAGCUGUGAGGAUGAGGACGGCCGCAUCUCGCUGUCAGUGUCACACUCUGGAGUUUAUCUGAUGUCCAGUGGUCAAACACUGACCGGAUGAGAUUGCUGCACAGUCUCAAACAGUGACCUCGUGGAUGUCACGUACAGAUAUCAUCUCCGUCACAUAGGAACGUCGUGGACAAUUAUGUGUAAAUUCGCCUGAUGCUCUUAGUUUCCACUGGCCUUCAAUGUCACUGUUAACCAGCUGAGGAACUUCGUUUUCCGCAAAAAGGAGAGGGAUCACCGAAACAUGCAUUGCAACGAACGCUAAGCUUGACUUGUGAGAGUGAUAUUCUGCUUAAAGAGAAGGCUAUGGAGGCGGACUAGCAGUGUCAAGGGGGCCCAUAAUGCUGUAAUUAGCCGAUAUGGCUCCAAUUAAGAUUGGCUUAUUCUCUUGAGGGCUGACCAAAAUCAAUGAUUGCACCGCCCGGAAUGCUGAGAUCGAGGCAAUGGUCAACCGAUAAGUGCAGUUGGAGGACAAAUUGUAUGCUGCUGAACAGCUGCCGACGAGGCUUGCGCGACAGCUCUAGGAGGAACCCGUAGGCUGGGAAGAAACAGUACUAUCUCCCAGAUUCAAUAAACGUUCAGAAUCAAGCACACGGCUUAUCACAGUUACAGGCAAGCUGAUACAGGCUACUGUGUUUGUUGUAAUCCAUUCUCUGGAUAGUGGACUACGAUCGUGGACGAUCUCUGACAACAAAGAGCAUAUUUGUGGUUAAGAAGCAAUGGAAGUUGGUACUACCUGACGUGUAAGUAUUGCAGGUGCGUGGUUUAUUGACAACUGUUGUGUAUGGAUAUCUACGUUCCCUUGCUGUAGUGUACGUACGUUCAGCUGUCACAUAGAUAUCAGAGCAGCCGGCGAGUUAAUCGACAGUACUAAAUGGUAAUACACUACAACCAUGGUGAAAUGGUAGCAGUCUACUUUAUGUAAUUACCGUCAACAGACCUUGCUUCUUCAUGUGUGCUUAAGCUUGUUUAGUCGUGACCCGGUGGCACUCUGCGGGAACUCAAGCGAGUAAGACUCGCGUGUUUCAUACUCCAGGGGUCACGCCAGAAGGAUUGGAGAGUCCCCAUGGUGUAUUGACUGCAGUAAUCCUUUGUGCAAUUGAAGAGGAAUUCAAUUCAUUUGGAAAGAAUGAGCUCAAUAAUUGAGGACCCUGCUAUUCCGCUGGUUGGAAUGAACAGGCAUAGAAAACACAAACUGUACACCAGCUUUGAGCAACAGGAGCUGAAGUCGAAGAGGUUUGCAACCGUAGGAAGUAAACUGGCGAAACGGAAGGAACUGUUUGCCAAACGCAAGCGCGUCUGUGACCUCGCGCUUGCGUUGGCCGUGUCAGGAAUCUUGUUUAUGGUUAUAGAAACGGAACUAGCGUUUGCUAAGGUUGUAACCAGGGGAACCCUAGUAUCAAACCUGUUGAAGAUGUGUACCACGGCUUGUACUGUAUCACUUCUGAUAUUUCUAGGAUUGUACCAUAAACUUGACAUUCAACUCUUCACCGUCAACAAUAGUGUAGAAGACUGGCGACUAGCAAUGGGGUACAGGAGAAUAUGUUUGAUCUGUUUUGAAUUCACUGUUUGCAUCGUGCACCCGAUCCCAGGGAAGUUUGACAUAACGUGGAGCUCCACCGACUCCGACAGCGAACCCGGGAGGGGGGACGUCUCUGUGCCUCUAGACGUUGUUUUGUCGUUGCCGAUGUUCCUCCGUCUAUAUCUCGUCUGUCGGGCAAUCCUCCUCCAUAGCAGGCUGUAUCAAGAUGCCUCUUCUCAGAGUCUAGGAGCGCUCAACAGGAUCAACUUCAACUUCCGGUUUAUCUUCAAGUCUCUGAUGUCCCUGUACCCCGACUAUGUCUUGGCUGUCAUUAUGGUGUCUCUGUUCGUCAUUGCCAGCUGGGCUCUCAGGUUGUGUGAAAUGUACGGGGACAAAAUCCACGCCAAUUUUCUCAAUACCAUGUGGGUGAUCGCCAUCACCUUUCUGACUAUAGGCUAUGGUGAUAUCGUGCCUAACUCUUACUGCGGACGUGGCAUAUCAGUAAUUACGGGUAUAAUGGGAGCCGGGUGUACCGCACUGGUUGUUGCUGUUUUGGCUCGAAAACUGGAAUUAUCACGGGCAGAGAAAUACGUUCAUGAUUUCGUUCUGGAUGUGGAUUUGGAUAAGCGGCUGAAACACGAAGCAGCUAAUGUCGUGAAAUGUGGCUGGUUUGUAUACAAGCUGAACAAACAAAAAACUGCUGACAAGGAAGAUAAACAGGUCCUAGCGCAUCAACGGAAGUUGCUCCGCGCCAUCUAUAACAUCCGGGAAAUUAAAUGUGCACAGCGCCGCCUAAUGGACCAGGCCGUCACUGUGGUGGAGGUGAGCAAGACACAGAUGGAGAUGUCACAAAGUGUAGCUCAAAUAAGACUCAGGCAGGUGGCGCUAGAAGAAAAGGUCAACAACAUGGAAGCAAAACUAUCACUUAUAUACGAUCAUGUGGUUGCCAUAGGCAACAGACUUCGAACAGGGAAAUAGCUCCCUGGGUGCAAGUGUAAUUACAAAAAGUGCUAGUGACGUUCUUAUUUGAAGCUUGAAAGAUGUGCGUUCUCCUGGGACCCGACGUGAACCACCAUGUGGUAAUGCCAUUACAUUAGUAACCUUAAUGAAUACGAUGACCUUUAAAACUUGUCCAGACAUCAGAAUGUUACAGAUUGAAAAUUUUAAUUGCUUUGCAUUCUAUUAACGCAUGUCCUUCACAGCUACUGCGCUAUUUAUUGCCGUUACUAUAUUAUUCUUGAAGAAAUUUAGAACUAGGUGCGAACUGAUAUUAUUAAAUACGUGUUGGAUGUUUAUAAAUGUACAGCGUGUAUGAUGUGAUAAGGAUAGAUACAGAUGGUGACAUUUGGUUGUCAGUGUAUCUCAUCCUCUGACAUCCUUCAUCCCUACAAGUGUCUUCUCAUGUUCAGUGUGUUGAUGUUUCAAACUGAAACCGUGUCACUGUGUUUAAGAAUUUAAGAUGGUAACUAGCCAUGGUGGGAACCAUUGUGAUGACUAUUCCAUAUUUGUUUGAGCGUUAUUGUAAACUGUUUUACGGAAUCAUGACAUUACAACGCUACUAUGUGUAUAAUAUUUGUGUAUGUCUGAAUGAUCAAAGAAUACAUGAAGGUUUAACUGUAUAAUAAAAGUCAUGAAUUGUG